GACCUUAUGUGGAUCUGUCUGCUUCCCAUGUGUCAUGGCAUUGGGUGAUGUAGCCUACACUAUGACAUUGCACUGCUGUUCGAGGGCCACUCACCUUUCCUGAAGCAAAACAGUUAUUCUGGUGUACAAGGCGUUGAUCUGUUGAUCUCAAACUGUUCGUUGAGGUAUACACAAUAGGAACUCAGUCUAGUGUGAAAGUAACAGACAGGAAAAGGCUUUAGUUUCAGAGGAAAACUGCUGAGAGGCUGAGACAGACACUCUUCUUCUUGCUGAUAGUGUUUUCUGCUGCUUUUCUGAGCUGUCAAGAGGACAGGUAUAGCCAGCCCAUGGAAAUGCCAGAAAUGGAUGUUGAUCUUUCUCUCUUCGUUGAAUUCCUCAACUUCACUUAUCCUCCCAUAGACGAGCUCAUGGGGGUCCCUUGUAACGUCUCUAUCUUGGGCUUGAGCAGUGUUGGUCUAAUGAUCACCUACAUCACUGUGUUCAUCCUCAGUGUGAUGGGUAACAGUGUAGUCAUCUACGUGGUGUGCUGCAUGGCUAGGGACCGGACCACCACAGACGUCUAUCUGAUGCACCUAGCAAUGGCUGACCUCCUCUUCUCCUUGACCCUCCCCUUCUGGGCCGUCUAUGUCUACUCCCACUGGAUUUUCGGUACCUUCCUCUGCAAGUUCCUGUCUGGCCUCCAGGAUGCUGCCUUUUAUUGUGGGGUUUUCCUGUUAGCGUGCAUUAGUGUGGACCGCUACCUGGCUAUUGUGAAGGCCACGCGGGCACUGGCCCAGCGGCGCCACCUGGUGGGGUUGGUGUGCGGAGCCGUGUGGCUGGGGGCGGGGCUACUCUCGUUGCCCGUGGCACUCCAACGGGAGGCUAUCCAACCCGAGGAUCUUGAAGGCCAGAUCAUCUGCUUUGAGAAUCUGACUGCGGCGAGCAGCGACCGGUCGCGGGUGGGUGUGCGGGUGAUUCGCCACGUGCUGGGCUUCUUCCUGCCACUGUCGGUCAUGGUCGUCUGCUACAGCUGCACAGCAGUGACGCUGUUCCGUGGCGUGCGCAACGGCGGCCAGAAGCACAAGGCCAUGCGCGUCAUCCUGGCCGUGGUGCUGGCAUUCGUUGCAUGCUGGCUGCCGCGCAACAUCAGCGUGCUGGUAGACACGUUGAUGCGUAGCGGCUCGCUGGGCGAGGAGACGUGUGAGUUCCAGAACAAUGUGAGCGUGGCGCUGUAUGUGACUGAGGUGAUGGCGUUCACGCACUGCGCCGUCAACCCCGUGCUCUAUGCCUUCAUCGGGCAGAAGUUCCGGAACCAGCUCUUGGUGGUGCUCUACAAGCAUGGGCUGAUCAGCAAGAGGUUGAUGGUGGCAUACCGCAGUGGCUCAGCCAACAGCACGGCCAGUCAAAGGUCUAGGAACACCUCUGUUACCCUGUAAGGUUUCAGUAAUCAGGGGGUGGUGUGGAAGAGGUGAUUUUCACUGGUUCCUCACACAGUAUGGUCAUCGGUGCGGGUAUUGUCGAGAAACUUGUUCUUCAUGUUCUAGGGGUGUGUGUGUGUGUGUGUGUGUGUGUGUGUGUGUGUGUGUGUGUGUGUGUGUGGUCUGGGGUAGAGGGUGGGGGGAUGGAUGAUUCUAUUAUAUAGGUCCAAUCCAAUGUUUUUCAUGUGAUGCUUCAAUGCUUGCUAAGUGUAAACAACAUACAUGUCAAGGCCUAAUGUGUAUUAAAUCUUCAUCUUGCAACUUUUUCUUUGUCAAUGCCUGAAAUAACUAUUUGAGAAGAGCCAGAGCAUUGUGAAAUUUGUCAAGUGAUGAUCUGAUAAUGAAAGUCUUAUCUACCAAAACAGAGGGAUAUAGUUACGUGAGCGAAAUGACUCAAUCUGUAUUGCAAAAGCACACCAACAUGACUCUAACUGUGUUCCAUUGAAAUGUUGCCAUAUUUUAGCUCUGCUUAAUUGCAUCCUCAUUCCUCAAUGACCACUGCAUCUCUCACUUCCUAGGUCCAAUCCAAUGUUUUUAUUUUAUUUUACCUUUAUUUAACUAGGCAUGUCAGUUAAGAACAAAUUCUUAUUUUCAAUGACGUCCUAGGAACAGUGCCUUGUUCAGGGGCAGAACAAAAUAUAGUAUUUUUACCUUGUCAGCUCGGGGAUUUAAUCUUGCAACCUUUCAGGUUACUAGUCUGAUGCUCUAACCACUUGUCUACCCUGCCGCAUUGUUGCUUCAAUGCUUGCUAAGUAUAAGCAACAUACAUGUCAAGGCCUAAUGUGUAUUAAAUCUUCAUCUUACAACUUUA